CCUAUUUAAGGACCUCAUCAUAUGGUUGAUGAGAUACGCCAGCACUUGCUUCCUCUUCUCUGUCUCUUUCCCUCUGCUUGUUUACCGGCUUUAUUCUCCCCCUCUUCCUUAGCUUCCGCUUCUGUCAAGUCUACACAAACAAGAAACCAGGAAAAAGGAAAGAGUUGCACGAAUUCAUCAAAACAAAAACAAUCCCCUUAUUCAGUGAUGUGGGCAUUUUGCAUUUGGGCAUCUCUGCUUCUGGUAAGCAUCACAUAUUGGGUUUACAGAUGGAGGAACCCCAAAUGCAGAGGAGAUCUCCCGCCUGGUUCUAUGGGGUUUCCACUUCUUGGGGAGACCAUCCAGUUCUUCAAGCCUAAUACCACCUCAGAUAUCCCGUCCUUCAUCAAAGAGAGAACAAAGAAAUACGGGACAAUAUUCAAGACUAGUCUGGUGGGACGGCCAGUUAUCGUGUCAACAGAACCCGAGCUUAGUUAUUUUGUAUUCCAGCAAGAGGGCCGUUGUUUUCAGAGCUGGUACCCUGAUACCUUUACCGAGAUAUUUGGAAGGCAGAAUGUGGGUUCGUUGCACGGCUUCAUGUACAAGUACCUCAAAAACAUGGUCUUGACUCUCUUUGGCCAUGAAGGUCUCAAGAAGAUGCUUCCUGAAAUCGAACAAAUUGCAUGUAGAAAGUUAGAGCAAUGGUCGACUCAGGACUCGGUAGAAUUGAAAGAUGCAACUGCAAGUAUGAUAUUUGACCUCACUGCAAAAAAGCUGAUAAGCCAUGAUCCAGAGAAGUCCUCAGAGAAUCUAAGGGAAAACUUUGUUGCAUUCAUACGGGGUCUGAUCUCCUUCCCUUUUGACAUUCCUGGCACUGCUUAUCACAAUUGUCUAAAGCUGGCUGGAGAAAGGGCAAUGAAAAUACUGAAGAAUAUGCUUCAGGAGAGACGGGAGAACCCACGAGAAAGCCCGAGUGACUUUUUCGAUUAUGUCAUUGAAGAACUGCAGAAAGAGGGGACAAUAUUGACAGAAGCAAUUGCUCUAGAUUUGAUGUUCGUCCUGCUUUUUGCCAGCUUUGAAACAACUUCACUGGCUUUAACUUUAGCCAUCAAAUUUCUCUCGGAUUAUCCUUCAGUUCUGAAACGUUUAACGGAGGAGCAUGAGGCUAUUCUGAGAAACCGGGACCAUGCAGACUCUGGACUUACUUGGAAAGAAUACAGAUCAAUGACUUAUACUUUCCAGUUCAUAAACGAAACAGCUAGAUUGGCGAAUAUAGUUCCUGCUAUUUUCAGAAAAGCAUUAAGGGAUAUCCAAUUUAAAGGCUAUACCAUUCCAGCCGGCUGGGCAGUGAUGGUCUGUCCUCCAGCUGUACAUUUGAAUCCAGACAGAUAUGAAGAUCCUCUUGUCUUCAACCCUUCUAGAUGGGAGGGCACGGAAUCGAAUAGCGCAUCAAAGCAUUUCAUGGCAUUUGGUGGUGGCAUGAGGUUCUGCGUCGGGACUGACUUCACCAAAGUGCAGAUGGCUGCAUUUCUUCACUGCCUCGUCACUAAGUACAGGUGGCAGGAAAUCUCAGGAGGAAACAUCCUUCGAACUCCCGGGUUACAAUUUCCAAACGGGUAUCAUGUCCGACUCGCAAAGAGGGAUGCUACAGAAAGUUAUAAAUAAGCAAGGCAAGUCACUGAAAGUUACAAAGCGGAGGACAGACCAAUUCAGGGCUAUGCAUUUCGAAAACCACUGUCCUUCCAAAGUCCUAACCAGAUGGGCAGCCAUUUUCAGGCAUAUGCUUGUACAAGGAAAUGGUAGUGCGUAGGGGAUCUAGGGGAAAAGCACGGGAUCGGAUGCUAUAUAACCCGUGCCCUCAAGUGAAUACUGAACUACAAUUUUGAUGUCUCACAAUGUAAUGGUGUAAUAUUUUCAGAGGAGUGUGAAAGAAAAAGAGAAUGUAGCUUAACACUCCCAAAUGGAGCAGCAAGUUUCUGUGAUCA